GACGAGCGCUGAUUGGAUGAGGUGGCUGUCAAUGAGCCGGCAUUUCCGGUGUGUGGCCGGUGCUCUAGCGAUGGGGCGGCGGCGGAGCGUUGUUGCCGGUCGGAUGGCGGCCGUCGAGCUCGCCGGUUAAGUCGCGCCGGGCUUUGUUGAUUGGGUUAACCUCGGGGUGGAUUCGGUGAUGGACAGCGAGUCGGCGGUGAACGGUUACCAUGACGGCGGGAGCGAGGAGCAGGGGGCAGCGAAGAAGGGGUUAGCGGGCUGGCAGCCGGCCUUGGGACCCUGCCCGGAUCAGGGCCGAGCGGCGGUCGCCAAGGACACGGUGCCGGACAGCAGCCAGCGGUGCCGGGAAUCGGCCAGGAAGAACAGACCCCCCUUUCCUUGGUUUGGCAUGGACAUUGGUGGGACUUUGGUAAAACUGGUUUACUUUGAGCCAAAAGACAUCACUGCUGAGGAAGAGCAAGAGGAAGUGGAAAACUUGAGAAGCAUACGGAAAUAUUUGACUUCCAACGUGGCUUAUGGAUCAACAGGGAUUCGUGAUGUUCAUCUUGAACUCAAGGAUUUGACAAUUUGUGGACGCAAAGGCAUUUUGCAUUUCAUAAGGUUUCCAACCCAGAACAUGCCAGCAUUUAUUCAGAUGGGCAAAACCAAACACUUCUCAAGUUUGCAUACAACUCUCUGUGCCACUGGUGGUGGGGCAUACAAAUUUGAGCCAGACCUGCGCACUAUUGCUAAUCUACAGCUUCGAAAGCUGGAUGAACUUGACUGCCUUAUCCAUGGAAUGAUGUAUAUUGACGCAAUAGGCUUCAAUGGAUGUGCAGAGUGCUACUACUUUCAGCAUCCAACAGAUCCAGAAAGGUGUCAAAAAAUGACAUGUGCUUUGGAUAAUCCGUAUCCAUUGUUACUGGUGAACAUUGGAUCAGGAGUCAGUAUUCUCGCUGUUUACUCAAAGGAUAAUUACAAACGGGUAACUGGUACCAGUCUUGGAGGUGGAACCUUUCUCGGUCUUUGCUGCCUGCUGACUGGUUGUUCAACCUUUGAAGAAGCACUUGAAAUGGCAUCACUUGGAGAGAGUACAAAGGUGGAUAAAUUAGUAAGGGAUAUCUAUGGUGGAGACUAUGACAGGUUUGGACUUCCAGGCUGGGCUGUGGCAUCCAGUUUUGGGAAUAUGAUGAGCAAAGAAAAACGGGAAGCAGUGAACAAAGAAGAUUUGGCUAGAGCAACUUUGGUCACUAUCACAAACAACAUUGGCUCCAUAGCCAGGAUGUGUGCACUGAAUGAGAACAUUAGCAGAGUGGUGUUUGUUGGUAACUUUCUAAGGAUCAACACUUUAUCCAUGAAGCUAUUGGCCUAUGCUUUGGAUUAUUGGUCAAAGGGGCAAUUGAAGGGGUUCUUCAUGGAACAUGAGGGUUAUUUUGGCGCUGUGGGAGCCUUGCUCGAGCUUGUUAACUCCGUUUGAAUCUCCAUUAAAUAUCUUCAGUUCGUUGUGUAGCUCCUUAAUGAGGCUGCUAUGGAAGAGAAGACAGAAAAGAGAAAAACUUCAAUGCAAGUUGUGACCUAAUUAUAUUCCUCUGAACUUAUUUAUGGGAAUGUCUGGGUGCAAGGGAAAAGGAAGGGUCUGUUUUUAAUCUAUACUUAAAUGAAGCACCUUUUUUUAAUAGCCUAUAAACAUCUGCACUUUUAUAUUUAUUCCAACUAAACUUAGAAGGAAAGAAUUGAAAACAAUAUUUUGUUUAUCUUGCAUUUUUCUAUACUUUUAUGGCACCUUUUUAGAGAAUUAUUUUUCUAAACCUAGAAUGGCAAUUUUAUUAAAGGAAGAAUGCAAAUAUAUAUUUCAAUUUUGCUUUGGAGGGGGUGGGGGGGGAAACAUCUUUUGGACCUUGAUCUAGUUAACUUGAAUUUCAGUCCUUCUAUGAAUUAGAAAAUUUUAUUGAGUCUUUGUAUAGUUUAUAAUGUAUGGUAACUUAAGUAUUGUUUAUCUAUAGUGAAGAACUAAAAUAACUAUCUACUUAUUGUAUCAUUUACUCAUUGUAUCAUGCAACCUAUUUCAUUUUCUAUUUUUCUUUGAAAUUUGAUCUAAAAUCCCCACCACCACACCAUUCUCCAGACCAUAUGGUAUUCCCAGUAACUGGUACAUGGAACCCUCUACUCCAAAGAUCAGCCGGUGAAAAGUUAAGAGCUAGGAAAAUUUGUGCUGCAUUGUGCUAGCAUUCUAUCGUACUUCAUUUCUCUUUCUUUGUAGCAUUGGCUGGUAAUUCGUUUUGACUUGCUGCUGCUUAACCAUGUAUUAAUGACAGGAGUUCUGCACAUGCAAAUGUGCUUAUUGCUGCAUGGUACCCUGAUCCUCUGUCCAGGUGGUUGAGGCAGCCAUGGACUGACCAGUAUCAAAUGCUAUAAUGUAGUUUCAGAUCUGAGAAAUAUUGCAAACUGCUCGAGUUCCAUGCUGAUGAUUUACGAGCAAAUGAAAACCCCCUGAUUCAGUUGCUGUAUUAUAAUUCCUUCCACAUGUCCACAUUAUUCUUGAUGAUUUGGUUAUUCUGCAAAAAGUAAAUUGAGUCAGAUGUUAAGUGUGUAUUGAAACGAGAGUUUUCCACUAUUUCUUUGUUUGUAUUGCACAUAAAAAAAUAAAUAUAUUUUUCCUAAA